UCAGGAAAAACCAGGUCCCCCGACGUCGUUAAGCAAUUAAGUAGGUACGAUACGAUACGACAAUAAAAGCGUACACAGAUCAGCAAUAUCUGUGAAAUGUACAAUGGAGGUAAAUCAAGAAAUUGAAAUAAAUGACGUCACUUUGAAGGUCCAUGGUGAUCACAGGCAGCCGGGGAACUGUUUGCAAAACAAUGUUCCUGUCAGUCUAGCGCUUCGCAUCGGCACCAGAGACGGAAAAGAAACAGCAGAUGGCGCCAGGACAUUCCUCAAGCAUAGUGACGUUACAAAAACUAUCGCUGAGUAUGUGACGUCACAUACGUUUACCAGCCCGGAAAACAUUGCCGAAGAUGUCGCAAAGGUAACUAUUGUUGGUUUUCAAACCACUUGGGUUGAAGUCAGAGUUAAUGUGGUAGAAGAGGGACCGCAGUCUGUACAUAAUCCUGGCACAAUUAACAUAAGAAGAACAAGGGAAGAUUUUCCCCGACCCAUCGUUUUUAUAUCCCUUGGAUCAAACAUCUGUCCCGAGAAGAACUUAACAAAUGCUGUUAGAUUACUCAGAGAAAGGACCACUGUUGUUGCCGCGUCCAAGGUUUUUAUCACCCCGCCUCAACUGGACACUAACCAACCGCCAUACCACAACAUGGCCGUCAAAAUUCUAACGCCUGGCGACCCAUAUGAUCUUAAAAGGGCGUUGUAUGAUAUUGAGGACAAGCUGUUGCGCGUGCGCGAUCCGCUGCGUAAGAAUGGGCCCCACACCAUAGAUUUGGAUAUUUCGUUUUGGGAUGACGUCACAUUUAGCUUCACGGCGUUCAACAGAGACACACUGGGAACUUCCGAGAAGACGACCUUAAGCGAUCACACGAAGGUCAAAUCGGGUACAAAAUUACAGCAAAUCCCACAUCCGGACACCCUGAAGUUUGCCCAUACCAUUGUUCCUCUCGCCGACCUUGACCCAGAUUUUAAACAUCCAGUCGUGAUGAAGACGUUAGCUGAAGUUGCAAUGGAAGUGACAGGACACGUUGACUUUAAGGGUGUGUUUGAAACUGCAGACUUUAAAAUUUACGAUUAAAAUCAUGUAUAUGCAGGUGCACGUACAUUUGAACUUUGUCAAUACAUCUACGUUGUUUUAUUUAAGGCUGCAUGUUGAAUAGAAAUACAGACCAUACAGAUGCAUACAUAAUGCACAUGUAGUACGACUACUGGUACCACCAUCAACGAUACAUUGUACAUGACAUUUCAGGCCUGAUAAAACGUAAAAUACAUUUGGUAAGAAUGUGUAUAUUAUCAAAACCAAGCUAUAUAUGGCAUUCAU